AUAAUGACACACCUAGGCCCAGUUUGUCUCACACACACACACACACACACACACACAGAGACAGACCAGUAGAUGCCCAGCCUGACACUGCCAACUGAGAGUUGUAUGAGGCGUCUCACUGUGUUACACCAGCGCUCGGGGAGGAGUCAGACCGACGCCCUUGUCGCGCCACUUCCUGGUACCGCCGGUGUCAGUGACAGAGAGGAGCAAGAUGGCGGCGGCGGCGGCAGCAUCAGACUCCCGGGAGAGGACUGAGCGGAGGAGAAGGUGUCAGUGUCGCGGGGCAGGGCUGCUGUUUGUGUCCCUAGUGUUACUGGCGGUGCCUCGGGGUGUGAGGAGCUCAGAGGUCUCGUCUGACACUUCAGUCACAUCUGUCACUUCCACUGACUGGUCUCAAGUGCUGCGCGGACACUCGAUGAUUCUAUUUUAUGCUCCGUGGUGUCCAGCCUGCCAGCAAAUUCAGUCGGCGUGGGAGAGUUUUGGAGAAAAGAGCGAAGCGCUUGGUGUAAAGGUUGUCAAAGUGGAUGUCACUCAGGAACCAGGGCUGAGUGGACGCUUCUUUGUCACAACACUUCCAACAAUCUUUCAUGCCAAGGAUGGAGUGUUUCGUAGAUAUCAUGGAUCAAGAAUGGUGGAAGACCUCCAGACCUUUAUCUUAGAGAAGAAGUGGGAAGUUAUUGAGCCAGUGGCUGGGUGGAGAUCCCCAUCUUCCAUUGUGAUGUCUGGGAUGGCGAGUCUUUUUCAGCUGUCGGGAUGGAUGCGGCAACUUCACAACUACUUUACUGGACCUCUGGAAAUUCCAUCUUGGGGCUCCUACAUCAUCUUUAUUGUGGCCACGUUGCUUGUCGGCCUCCUGCUGGGACUGAUGCUGGUGUUAAUCAUUGAUUGCUGUUGCCCUUCAAAAUCAAAGUAUGAAGUGAUGAGAGAAGAAGUAAAUGAAGAGAAUUUGGCAAAUUUGGAGGCAGAGGCCAAAGUGGUCCCUGUGGAAAGGAAACCAGAUUGUGCUGCCAAUGAAGGAGGCAGUGACGAUGACAAUGAAGAAGAAGAUGAAGAAGAAAGUGGCAAUAGCAGUGAAGGUGACAAUGAAAAAGAAAAUAGCAAUGAGGAUGACAGUGAAGACAGUGAUGAAGAAGAAGAUGAUGAUGACGAUGAAGAAGAAGGUGAAGCAAGCAAUGCUCAGAAUGUUGCUAAGGAUUCAGAUGAGGAUUCUGCCGUUGCUGGGUCUGAAGCUGAAGAAGACAAUGUCCCUGAAGUGAGUCCAGCAGAGAGUGAGAGUGAGAGUGCCUUGAGACAGCGCAGAGUGGAGGCCACCGAGGGUAGCGGCCACUAGUCCUGACUAUGGACCACAGGUGUGGCUGGACUUUUCUCUCUCAAUGCCAUUGAAGCAUGUUCAGCUCGAUUGUGCAUGGGUGCCUGUCCUUGUACAGCAGCGUUAUUCAUGAAGCAGCAUUUUAACACUUUUAAAGCUACUGCCAUUUAGCGGAAUCUUUUAUUUGCAGUGUUUAUUUAAGAGAAGCUUUAGUAAAGAGUUACUAUAGUGACCACUAUCAGUAUUCACACAAUAUAUCAUUCUAGACCUGUCAUUAUUGUGCCUCCUUCAUAAACGUUCCCCUGGGAGACAUAAGGGUCAGGCCACACGUGCAGAUUCGGGGAGAUUAGUCCCCCAGUGACGAAUCUCCUCUUCUUUGGGGCGAUUAAUCUCCCCAAACUGCCCUCCGUCGGCUAAAAUGAAAAUCACCUGGGGGAAGGUACACGCGGCGCUUCGUUUUCCGAAGUCGCCAGAAGUUUCCUCGUGAGGCAACUAAUCUCCCCAAAUCUGCUCGUGUGGCCAGACCCUAAGAAUAAUAUCAUGCAAAGUCUCGCCCCUGUGCUCUUAGGAGGUUCUAAUCUACAGUCUGAUUAAAUACCUGUAACAUCAAACAAUGGAAAGGCUGAAUUUGCAUAUUAAUUGGGGAUGUACUAAAUCAGUUUAGUCUGUUGCUUUUAAAUACAGAAUUUAAAGAUGUGCUUCACCUUUAAGAUACUUUUAGUAUGUUGUCAUAGAGUGGCCUAUUCUAAGCAACUUUUCCAUUGCUCUUUAUUAUUUUAUUUAUUUUUUAUAGUUUUUUAAUUAUUUGCCUUUUUCUUCUGACUCUUUCCAGCUUUGGGGGUCACUGACCCCAUAUAAAAACAAAUGCUCUGUAAGGCUACAAAUGUAUUGUUAUUGCUACUUUUUAUUCCUCCUCUUUCUAUUUAGGCCUCUCCAAUUCAUAUUCCAGUCUCUUAUUCAAAUCAAUGCAUGGUUGCUAGGGUAAGUUGGACCCUAGCAACCAGAUGGCUGUAAUUACAAACUGGAGAGCUGCUGAAUAAAAAGCUAAAUAAGUCAAAAACCACAAAUAAUAAAAUAUGAAAACUAAUUGCAAAUGAUCUCAGAAUAUCCCUCUCUACAUCCUACUAACAGUCAAUUUAAAGGUGACCAACCCCUUUUAACUCUUACUUUCCAUAGCAGUUUAGGAAAUAAUAGUUUUGAUAUUCAGCAGAUGAUAAAGUGCUCAAGUGGUUGCUAUGGCUCUCUAUGGAUGGGAACCUUUCUUAAAAUUCUGGUGUAAAUAUUUUCUUUGUCAAUGUUUAUAUCUAAUGCAUUUUAAAAUAAUAAAUAGUCGGCCUAGGGUUUGUGCA